GGGUACGGUGCUCAACCUAUGCACCUCGACAACCUCAACAAAGGACGUGGAUUUGGACGCGCUAAGCCAAAUGAAGGACCUAAGGGUCAACACAACAAGGACAGAAAGAAAAUUACUUGUUACGCCUGUGGCAAGGAAGGCCACAUGGCACGAGACUGUCGAAGCAAGAAUAAGGUCACUCGACAACUAAACGUUAUCCGAAAAGACUCCGGCCUCGACGAUGGCGAGUCAUGGAACGUUAUCACCCCAGCCCAAGUCAAAUACCAUCCGCUUGAUGAAGAACUUAUCACAGGACUUGAGGACGUAAUGCUUACCACCGCUGAGAGCAGCGAGGACGAAAAGAACCCGCUCAGCGACGAGGAAUACGAGACGCCAGCAGAAGAAGAAUUUCCUGCGGCACCUACGAAGCACGAGAAGAUGGCCAGGUUCAAGGAAAGGAACCGACCCGCUACGCCAAAGCCGACAGAGCUGGAACCCGCUUAAGAAGAACCCCGAUGGGAUCUGGUAUAACAGAUAACCCCACCCAGUACGCCACAAUGGGCGCAGAAAGCACAAGAAGCAUGGCAACAAUCACAAAAGGAAUACCAAGCCACCAGGCAGCAGCAGGACAACAACAACUGGUACUGGUAUGAUGCACGCAACGCACACCAUGCUCGACUCUCAUGGACAGCAUGCCUAGCUGCCUACUGCCCAGCCCAUUACUCAGACAAACAAGGAGCGGGAUGGAAUCCUAAGACCAU